AUGACCGAAGCGCAGCAGCCAGACGGUGAGCCCGGCUCGGAACAUGGCCAGCACGAGCAUGUCCAUGAACCGCACGAGCACUAUGGAGUGCUCCCGCCCAAUGGCGUGGAGGACCUGACCGACAAGCUAACUGGUUUCAUGAACGAAAUCGAGUUGGGCGGCCUGUCGGAUAUAUUGGGCCAGGUGUUGGACGAUUUCCUGGACCAGUGCGGCGGAAUGCCGGAAGAUCUCACCGCCCGCGACGCCUUCGAGCAGAUUUCCCGAGGCCAGCUUGCAGUCACGUUGGCCUACCAGCUGGGACGGCUGGAGGGGCGAUCGCCUCAGUUGGUUGAAAAUCUGGUAGCCCGCGCCGUCGAGUCCUACGGAUUCUUGCCCCUGGACGAGUCGGAUGAGAUAACGGACGCUGACAUGGAGAACCCCAAGGUGCAGGUGUAUCCCAGGAUGCGCCGUAUGGAAUACGUCGAGCCGCAGAUUCUCCAGAUCCAGGGUUUGGGAGACGCCCUCGCUGACGGCGGUGGGCCGCCUUCGGAAUAA